CCCAACCACCGCCCGUCGCUGCCGGCGCCGCCGCCUGCUCUUCCCCAACCACCACCAGCACCUCCUCCUCUCCGCCAGCCCCUUCUCCCCACCUCUCCUCGGCGCGCCUACAGCUCGCCCGGAUAAGAUCGAUGGUGGUCGCCGUCUCCCUUCUCCCCUGCACCAGCUCAACCGGUCACCGGCGGCUUCCCCCACCGCCCCUCCUCCCAAGCUCCGCCCCAUCCUCGCAGAAGAAAGAGGACGCGCCGCGCAGCAGCCACCAUGGCGGCGCUACUGGCCUGCUCGUCGACGCCGCGUGCGUCGAUUCGGCGGCGCGCGCGGCUCCGUCGAUCACGCCGGUCUGCGUCGUGCACGCGAACGACGGAGUGCGGCGCGGUGCUGCACGCAGCCGCGGGGGCGCCGGCGACCGGGAGGUCGAGCUGCUCGUCCGGGAGACGCAGCCGUACAGGGUCUUGUCGGCGUCCGCCUCAAAGGUUUCGCCGUGGCCGGCAAGGGCAGCCUGGAGUGCCUCCAGAACGAGUAGUAGCCUGCAGUGCCAAUUUCCUGUUCGGUUUGAUCUGGUGUGGUUUGGUUCCGUUGAUGUAUGGAUAAUGUCCUGACGCGCUUCAUUUUGGGUUGCAAGUGGCACUGGGCUGCCCACGCCCGCCCGCUUCCGCCGCCAUGCCACCGCCGAGAUGCAUCAACACAUUAUUUGCAAACAAAUCAUUUCUACUCUUGCUCAGUGCAUGAUUUAAUUACAAGGAGGAAUGAUGUGGACUUGUUUAAAGUUACCAAUGAUCUACUGCCAUUUUCAUUACCCGAACUGCACUUGUUUGAAUUACUCAAAUUUUUUCAAUGAACUUGACUAGGUUGCAUAACUGAAACUGAACUGGCUUGAUCAAUUAGUUAAUUGCCAAAAAUAUAGAGUGCAUCUACACAACAAAGAUAAAUUGUUGCUGCAUGUCUAUUGUAAUUCUCAGUUAGUGUGCUUUAUCAAUAGUGUCAAUGCUGUAAAUUAUUUCUUCAAAGUACCAGAAGUGUGUUCACUAUACUGGUUAGUUUCUUCUUUAAAGGCUCACGUUACAUGUUGCUGUAGUUUCUUCACCUUUUUUACUUCUAAUGAAAAGCUCAGUUUCUAUGAUGCAAUGUUGUAAUUAAAUCAAUCCUGCAACCUCCAGUUGAAAAUUAAUGCAGCAAGGAAUUUCAGUUGUAUCACUAAACUUGGUUAAUAGAGAUUCUUGAUAAAUGUCACACUUCAUCAAUGAAGCCUUACUCUGGGCACAAUUUAGAAUUCAUUACCCUUCACUAUUAUCAGGAACUUUACCAUAUGACAGUCCCAGGUUCAGAGUUGCAGUUUGACAAAAAAAAUUGCAGAGGAGAAGAACUGAUGCUGCUGAAGGGCAGAGGAGAUGUGCUGCUGAUGGCAGGUGA